UUCUCCAAUGUUUAACCUUAAAACACGUUCCACCUUCCAUCUAGACCCAUUGGCUUCUCUCGACCAUUUACUUUCCAAAUUCCUCUUUUGUUUCGUUUUCCCAAUUUCUUAGUUAUUUUGUUCUUUGUCAACUUUCUAAGUCCUUGAUUGAGAUACAUUUUCUUCAUCCGGUUCAUAUUCACUGUGAUCUAUUUGGAGACCCUUUGUCCACGGCACAAUCAAGCUACUUUUUGUUCAAAGUCUAGUGUUUACAUAUAACUGCUAGAGAACAAAAAAGAUAAGGUGCUGAUGAGAUUGUUUCGUAAAAACAUAAAAUGAAAAACAGACAUUGUUGACCUCUCCUGGUUCAUACAAAACAGAAGUUUGAUUUUCUGGAACCCUCUAGAGUUCUGGAUACAAGGCAGGAAUCAACAAUCAAUUGGAGUUUGAGGUCUAAAGAUUCUGUAUACACAAACACACAUUCUUUCAUGUACUUGUGAAGCUCAAAAACACUCAAAAAACUUUACAACAUCUCUUAAUGAUGUCUGAAGAUGGCUACACCAAAGAAAUUCCUAGUGAUUUUCCAAGAAACCCUCUUUGCAUCUUCCUAAGUGAUUUCAGAUCAGUUUUUAAAUUUGAUGAGCUCGGUUUGGAGAUAGCAAGAAUAGCUUUACCUGCAGCACUUGCCUUAACAGCUGAUCCUAUUGCAUCUCUUGUGGACACGGCCUUCAUAGGCCAAAUUGGUCCUGUAGAGCUUGCUGCAGUUGGAGUUUCAAUUGCUUUGUUUAACCAAGUGUCAAGAAUCGCUAUCUUCCCACUCGUUAGCAUCACAACUUCCUUUGUAGCAGAGGAAGAUGCUUGUAGUUCUGAGGAAAACACAAACCAAGAUCAUAAAGAAUGUAUUGAAACUGGUAUUAACAACACAAAGGAGGAAACUCAAGAGCUGAUUCCUGGAAACAAUAAAGUUUAUUCUCCAGAUGAAUCUAAAAAUGGUUGCAGCAUCUUUAAUGUUAGUGGAUCUCCAGUCAAGAAAAGAAACAUACCAUCAGCUUCAUCUGCCUUAAUCAUUGGAGCCAUUCUUGGCCUUCUUCAAGCUGUGUUUCUUAUAUCCGCAGCAAAACCUCUCUUGAGUUUCAUGGGAGUUAAACACGAUUCUCCAAUGUUGGGUCCUGCUCAGAGAUAUUUAUCUCUAAGAUCACUUGGCGCACCUGCUGUUCUUCUCUCCCUUGCCACACAAGGUGUUUUCCGUGGAUUUAAAGACACAACAACUCCAUUGUACGCAACUGUGAUUGGAGAUGCCACAAAUAUAAUACUCGACCCGAUUUUCAUAUUUGUUUUUCGUCUAGGCGUUACUGGAGCAGCCACUGCUCAUGUUAUAUCCCAAUACCUUAUGUGUGGAAUACUCUUGUGGAAACUGAUGGGUCAAGUCGAUAUCUUUAACAUGAGUACCAAACAUCUUCAGUUCUGUAGAUUCAUGAAAAAUGGUUUUCUUCUACUGAUGAGAGUAGUUGCUGUGACAUUCUGUGUAACUCUUUCCGCGUCACUAGCUGCACGAGAAGGAUCAACUUCCAUGGCAGCGUUCCAAGUUUGCUUGCAGGUUUGGUUAGCAACUUCACUUCUUGCAGAUGGGUUCGCCGUAGCUGGCCAGGCAAUACUGGCGAGUGCGUUUGCCAAAAAGGACUACAAGAGAGCUGCAGCUACUGCCUCACGUGUAUUACAGUUGGGUUUGGUUCUUGGGUUUCUACUCGCGGUUAUACUUGGAGCAGGAUUGCAUUUCGGAGCAAGACUAUUCACUAAAGACGAUAAAGUCUUACAUCUCAUUAGCAUAGGACUUCCGUUUGUGGCAGGGACACAACCAAUCAAUGCCUUAGCGUUUGUAUUCGAUGGUGUCAACUUUGGAGCAUCUGAUUUUGGUUAUGCCGCAGCUUCAUUAGUUAUGGUGGCUAUAGUUAGCGUUUUGUGUUUGGUCUUACUCUCGUCGACUCAUGGGUUUAUUGGUCUUUGGUUUGGUCUCACCAUUUACAUGAGUCUUAGAGCAGCUGUUGGAUUCUGGCGGAUUGGGACAGCGACAGGACCUUGGUCUUUUCUCAGGAGAUAAUUAAAGGGAAGUGCAUGUUUUAAUUGCUCUUUGAACCUUAUUAAUAAUGAGAUUGUAAUUGAAUAAAAUACAAUGAAUCUUUUUUAAAUAGAUCUUAGAUACAAAGAAUUUGACUCUGGCGAUGCAAAUAAUUCUAUGCGAGUUAGUAAUACUCUUGUAUAUAUUAAUGUUGUAUCCAUAUUCCGAUA